GAUUAGAAACUUGCUUUCCUAAAAGUGUGUUCCCACAGAGGCUUUCUUCAGAGUUAGUUUUAGAUUCUGUGGUCCGCCACCUCUCUUGAUAGAAACUAGUAGCUCCUUUCAUGGCCAGAGUCUUUGGCUGUUUUGAGUCAGUCAUAAUGAAUAGCGAAACUUAGUAAAAUGAGGCAGUUUCUAAGAUUACACUCGCUUUUAGGAAUGAGUUGUUUACUAAUUAGAAACUUGGCAGGUUUUGAGUCCAAAGAAGUGAGGGUUUUUUGUGGGUAGGGAUCUUUGUUGAAAGCACCCAAGGUAGCUGGGAAAUGGCUGUGCUUUCCUCUCUGUGCUAUUGAUGGUUCUGGCCCCUCCAAUGUUGGAGCUGUGGUGGGGGGCAGUGUGCAAGGGCCCUACCAGCUCCAAGGCACAGGCUUUCUCUGGUUGGGAGAUGCUGGGGGUGUUUCUUUGGCUUUUUUUGUGGCUAUUGGGACAUAAAAGCAACUGCAGUUUUCAUCAGUAUAGAGACAAGGCAUUAGCUUGUGUCUGAAGUAAUACCGUAUCGUAUAUCAGAAGUCUCAUUUAUUAAAAAAUAAUUGACCAUAUUUAAGUUCAGUCUCCCAUUUCUCUGAGGAAAUUAGAGAGGGUGGUUUAUACUCUGGCCUAAACCACCAGUGAGAUCUUAGUGAGGUAGUUUAACUGCUUUAGAACUUUGCGAUUAGAACAUUCUUAGCCACCGAAGCAUGGGAACCGAAAGUCAGGAGCAUGGGUUCUUUAAUAUCUAUCACAUCAGAGAAUGACUGUUCCAGGACAGUGACCAUCUCCUAAUGGUUUCUGUAGCUGGAUCAGGCACCGGAAGAGGCUCCCCAGCUGUAACUCUAGUGCAGUUACCUUCAGGCCAAACUGUCCAUGUCCAGGGAGUAAUUCCGACACCACAGCCAUCGAUUAUUCAGUCACCACAAAUACAAACUGUUCAGGUAGCAACAAUUGCAGAGACAGAUGAGUCUGCAGAAUCAGAAGGUGUAAUUGACUCUCAUAAACGUAGAGAAAUCCUGUCACGAAGACCUUCUUAUAGAAAAAUACUGAAUGAACUUUCCUCUGAUGUGCCUGGUGUUCCCAAGAUUGAAGAAGAAAAAUCAGAGGAAGAAGGAACGCCACCUAAUAUCGCUGCCAUGGCAGUGCCGACUAGCAUAUAUCAGACUAGCACGGGGCAAUACAUUGCUAUAGCCCAAGGUGGAACAAUCCAGAUUUCUAACCCAGGAUCUGAUGGUGUUCAGGGACUGCAGGCAUUAACAAUGACAAAUUCAGGAGCUCCUCCGCCAGGUGCUACAAUUGUACAGUACGCAGCACAGUCAGCUGAUGGCACACAGCAGUUCUUUGUCCCAGGCAGCCAGGUGGUGGUUCAAGAUGAGGAAACUGAACUUGCCCCAAGUCACAUGGCUGCUGCCACUGGUGACAUGCCGACUUAUCAGAUCCGAGCUCCGACUACUGCUUUGCCUCAGGGAGUGGUGAUGGCUGCCUCUCCGGGAAGCCUGCACAGCCCCCAGCAACUAGCAGAGGAGGCAACACGCAAACGAGAGCUGAGGCUAAUGAAAAACAGGGAAGCCGCCCGGGAGUGUCGCAGGAAGAAGAAGGAAUAUGUCAAAUGUCUUGAAAACCGUGUGGCUGUGCUUGAAAACCAAAACAAGACUCUCAUUGAGGAACUCAAGGCCCUCAAAGACCUUUAUUGCCAUAAAGCAGAGUAACUGGCUUUGACAUGGACCUUGUUUGCCCUGAACUCUAACCCCGGCAGGAGGUGCCGCCGUCCUGCUCAUUGCCGUGUGGACUUGUGGAAGGGACCCUUGUGACCCUUCUUAAGGAACCCAGUUGGGCUUAGUGUGUGGAAGUUGACUUGGGAAUGUUGUUCCAGGAUGCGGAAGGCAGCCGUGAUCCCCGUCACCAGGCUUGCUUCAGUCGCGGUGUCAGUAGCGUGCGAAACAUGCUUUGUUUGCCCUUUUGCUUCUACUUUCUUGCAGGGAAGCUGCUAAGGAAUGUCGCCGUCGAAAGAAAGAGUAUGUCAAGUGUCUGGAGAGUCGGGUUGCAGUGCUGGAAGUUCAGAACAAGAAGCUCAUAGAGGAACUGGAAACCCUGAAAGACAUUUGCUCUCCUAAAACAGAUUAGUAGAAAUAUUUAACUAUGAACUGACUCCCACAUGUACAGUUGCUUCUGAAGGCAAUACACCAUAUAGCCGGCAAGAAUGAUGGCUUUUUUCCUUUGUGUCAUUCAUCAUAUUUUCUAAUCUCUAACAUUCCCAAACUGCUUCACUGUACGUAGUUAACUCUUAGCUGUAACUUCAGUUUUUUUUAAAAGAGACAAACUGUAAAAAAGAAAAAAAAAAUGUAUGUAACAGAUUCUUAAAAUGCAAUAUUUGUAAGACUUGUUCCAAUGCCACAUAUUUGCAGUUCCCAAUCUGUGUGUCAUGAAUAGUGUCCUAUGCAAUAAAAUUUUUUGCAGGUCUUUUGAAA